UGUAAAUAGAACAAAAUUAUAGCCCUAGCACGGAGGAUGUCCAACCCGAGUCUCUCGCCUCCUCAAUUUCAAAGUCCUGCUCUUCGGCUUCGACAAUGCUCUGCUGUGUAUCGUGAUCGCCGAAAGAUGGAACAUUGCAACGCCGCGGUGACAUAGAAGCAACGAGGGGCGCGCGAUACUUGAAUCUCAACGACCGCCAUUCAUAUACAGAAUAACGGUGCUAGAUCAGGGUAGCACAGCAUUCGGGAUCGUUUCUCAAUUGCCGGUUUCCACUUGCUCCGCAAUGCCUGAACCAUCCUCUGACUCCGCCGCCAUCCAGGAGUCCACCCCCGAACCUCCGCAUCCUUCCACUUCAGCUACCACGACAACCUCCCACGCUAACGGGGCAACCACAAACGGCAGCAAGCUUGUCCGCUCCUCCAGCGAUCCACCAUACGCUUCUACCAGCCAUAACCCCCCAGUCCGCGCCAGCACAGACCCUAACCCUCCUCGCCCUCCUCUCCGCAAAAGCAGGACUAGCCGUCCUGCAGCACUGCAGCACUCUCAACGACGAACAUGGAAUCGGCGGGCACGCCCGGUUGGACUGUCCGGUGCCGUCGCAUAUCAACUACGGAAAGACGAGGGAUCGUCGAGCGAGAGCGAGAGCGAUGAAGAUGCGGAUAUAUACGGGUUGGAUGGAGAGGGGAUCAACGGGCCGGAUGAGGAAGCCCAAAAAGGGGCAGGAAAGAGAAGUGGGCCGGAUUGGAUGGGGCCGUUUUCGCAUUUCCAUAUCGGCAACGAGCAUUUCCGGUCGAAGGGGAGGGUGAGUCACCGCGAUGGACGGUUGCAUAUCUCCGUCAACGAGUUUGCGAACUCGGGGUAUCUAGCGAAGGCACUGGGAGGGGGGAUUAAGCGCCACUUGAGGAUGGUGCCGGGGACAGAGACCGAAGCCGACCAGAAGAAGAUGGAGGAGGAAGAGAAAACGACACAGAUCGAGAAGAAGGUCGAGGUGAAGAAGUGGUGGAAAGAUCCGCAAACCCGCCCGAGGCUGAAUAUCGUCAUUAUCGUGAUCGGAAGCAGGGGUGAUAUCCAGCCGUUCAUCAAGAUUGGCAAGGUGCUGAAGGAUGAAUAUGGGCAUCGAGUACGGUUGGCGACCCAUCCGGCGUUCAAAAACUUCGUCGAGAAGGACUCGGGAUUGGAGUUUUUCUCGGUCGGGGGCGACCCAUCGGAGUUGAUGGCAUUCAUGGUGAAAAAUCCCGGAUUGAUACCCAGCAUCGAGACAGUCAAGAAAGGCGAGGUUGGGCGACGCCGCAAAGCAAUGCAUGAGAUGUUCAAAGGGAUGUGGAGAGCGUGUGUGAACACGACCGAUGACGAGAACGAUUUAGAGAACCUGAAGAUGCUGGGCACCAAAUUCCCCUUCGUGGCAGACGUCAUGAUCGCCAAUCCGCCCUCGAUGGUUCAUAUCGAUAUCGCCGAGCGCUUAGGCAUCCAUUGCCAUCUCAUAUUCACGUUCCCGUAUUCUCCUACCACCGCCUUCCCGCAUCCGCUCGCCAACAUCAAGCGAUCCAAUAUCGAAUUGGGCUACGCCAACUUCGUGAGCUACCCCCUCGUCGAGAUGAUGACCUGGCAAGGGCUGGGGGACCUGGUCAACAAGUUCCGCGAAGAAACAUUGGGCUUGGAGCCUCUCAGCACACUCUGGGCGCCAGGUAGGGAAUGGCGACUCUCCGUGCCUCAUACAUACAUGUGGAGCCCCUCUCUAGUUCCCAAGCCGCGAGACUGGGGCGAUGAGAUCACCGUCUCGGGAUAUGUCUUCUUGGAGCUUGCUAGCAGCUUCACGCCGCCCGAAGAUCUCGCGAAGUUCCUCGAGGCCCGCGAACCACCGGUAUACAUCGGCUUCGGCAGCAUUGUCGUCGAUGACCCUGCGCGCUUCACGAAGCUUAUCUUCGAAGCGGUCAAGAUUGCCGGUGUACGCGCCCUCGUGAGCAAAGGCUGGGGCGGCCUGGGUGGCGGAGGGAAGGACAAAUCCGGCGGCGGGGAAUCGAGCUCCAACUCGCCGUCCAGUAACUCAGCUCAGAAUGAGGAUGAGGACACCGUUGAAGGAAUCAAGAUCCCGGAUAAUAUCCUACUUCUUGGAAACACCCCUCACGACUGGCUCUUCCCCCGCUGCAGCGCCGUGAUCCACCACGGCGGUGCAGGGACCACUGCUAUCGGUCUGAAAUGCAAGAAGCCGACCGCAAUCGUGCCGUUCUUUGGGGAUCAACCUUUCUGGGGCGAGAUGUUAGCGAAAUCCGGUGCCGGGGCGAAGGAAUGCAUUCCGUACAAGCAGCUGACUGCCGAGAAAUUGGCGGGCGCGAUCAAAGAGUGCCUGACCGAUGAGGCGCAGCAAAAAGCCGAGGAGAUCGGGAAGGGGAUUGAGGCGGAGGGAGACGGUGCGAAGAACGCGGUUGAAGAGCUGUUCAAACGGAUCCCGAUGGGCUUGGUUGAGUCAACGGAGUUAGGGGAGAAAAGCAUGCGAUGUAGCAUCUUGAAAGACCAUGUCGCGGUGUGGGAACCCAAGCGGAAGCACCACGGCGCCGGAUACCGAGUGAGCCUCAGCGCCCUUGCCGCGGAGGUGCUGGUGCGACAAAAGAAACUGCAGUGGAAAAACCUCCGUCUUGUUCGCCAUCAGGAGUGGAACGACUUCGAAGGCCCAGGGGAACCCAUCACCGGCAUCAGCGCCGCUGGCUUGUAUUCCAUCAAGGAGAUCGUCACAGGCGUCGGCCGCGUUCCCGUCGACGUCAUGAAAGACAUCGAAGACCGCAUUGUGCACUACAACAAAAAACGCCGCCUGAAAAAAGCGGCCCAUCAACGCGUCAAGCAGCUCUGCACUGCCGAAGCCAACGGCAGCGCCGGAAAGCCCUCUCGCCGCCCCAUGCUUUUGCGGAAGGUCACCGGCCUCUCCACUUUAUCUGCCGACCCCUCGGAGAAUAUCCUCGAGGAGGUCGCCCGGCAGACGGGACUAGGGAUCAAACGCACCGCGAAAGCCAUCGCGAAGAUGCCAAUGUUGCUGCUGCUUGCGCUCGCGUACGGAUUCCACAAUGCGCCGCGGCUGUACGGUGACGACACGGUGCGGCGACCGGUGCGGAUCACGGGGAUGCGGUCAGGGCUACGUGCGGGCCGGAAUGAGCUCAUGUAUGGCGUGUAUGACGGGGUCACGGGGCUGGUGCGGCUUCCGGUGCGUGGUGUGAAGGAAGAUGGGAUUGUUGGCGGACUGGUGGGGUUUGGGAUGGGGUUUGGUGGGUUCCUGUUGAAGGAUAUCGCGGCGUUGGUGGGGCCGCCGGCGUAUGCGAUGAAGGGGGUGGAGAAGCAGUAUGAGCGGUGGAGGGGGAGGGGGCCGGAAGGGUGGGUGCGGAGGACGAGGAUUGCGGAGGGGGGGUUGCAGGCGAGGGAGACGCAGGCGGGGAUGGGGAUCAAUGGAGUGGAUGAGGAGGAGCGGAAUGCACGAGGAUGGCGAGAGUGGGAGGAGGUUCAAGCAAGGGUGCUAGACGGGUGGGAUGUGUUGUUCGAGGCCAUGGAGCUAGAGAAAAAGGAAGAGGAAGGCGAGGGGUUGAGGGAGAAGGCACGGAGGAAGAGGGUGGAUUUGACUGGAGAGGAGAGGACGGAAAUCGAUGUGCCGAUGGCCGAGAGGGAGUUGCACGAAAGAGCGAGGAGUUUGGAACGGGUUCGGAUGGGGAGAAGGGAUGAAGGCAAUCCAGAGGGGAAGCAGCAGAAACAGCAAGAGCCCCAACCUAGCUUGAAGAAACAGUCGACGAUUGAACGGUUCAGGAAUGAGACGGCUAGGACCAUCGAAAGGAAGAUGAAGUCCUUCGGUGCCGGUCGAGAUACGAAGAUCGGGCGUGAUUGA